CCUGCGAUCUCCGGGCAGCUUUGAGAAUUGUAGGAGUGACUUUUGGAGAUGGAGAUGGAGGAUUUGAAAACUUCGAACCGAUUGUUCCGCAAGUCUUCAUUCAGCAUCAGCAGCCUGCUGUGGAGACGAGAGGAGGUGAUGGGUGAACAGGAAUCUGCGUCUCCGUCCCAGAAACUGCGCUCCGCUCUCCCCGAGAAACCCGGUCAAGAGGAAAACUUUGACAAAGAGAAGAACUGCGAAAAUUCAAAACAGUGCACCAAAGUAGACGCUAAACCGAUGGCUGCGAAUGGAAAACGAGAAGGAAAUAAAGGGGAUUCAAAGAAAACCGGAGGAGCAGAAGAAAGCGUUAAACCCGAGAAACCUCCUUUUAGUUACAACGCGCUCAUCAUGAUGGCGAUCCGCCAGAGCCCGGAACGACGGCUCACACUCAACGGCAUCUAUGAGUUUAUCAUGGACAACUUUCCGUACUACCGACAGAACAGGCAAGGCUGGCAAAACUCCAUCAGGCACAAUCUGAGUCUGAACAAGUGUUUUGUGAAAGUGCCGCGCCACUAUGAUGACCCGGGAAAAGGCAACUACUGGAUGCUGGACCCCUGCAGUGAGGAUGUCUUCAUAGGCGGCACGUCUGGGAAACUCCGGCGCAGAGCAGCAGCUGGAUCCAGGAACAAACUCGGUCUCAAGAGGGGAGGAGGUCGCCUGAUGUCCUCCGGCACUGCGACCAGUGUUACUUUGGCUGCAGCGAGUUCGUUUUACUGGCCGGUGCCGCCGUUCCUACCUCUCCAAACACCGGUGCGCACCCACCUGGGCGCAGGGACUUAUCUGAACGGUCACCCCCGCUUCCCCAACCACUCCUUGGUUUCACAACGGGCCCGGCUGAGCGCGAGUGCCGCAGAGGCCGACCGGUUCGUGCAGACGCACCAGGAGAUGUCUUACAUUGGAGUGAGUUGCGCACAAUCCCGUCGCCACCAGAUUGGCACAGCCUGCACCGCCUUCUCCACAUCCAUCCCUGCGUGCACGCUGCCGCUGUCGGACCCAUGCUCUUUUAACAUGAUCUCCGGACAAGCCAGCUACUUUUACUCCCACCAGAUACCAUGUGCCGCCACGUUUAGUCCGUGCCAAGAGGAGUGCGCCGCUUCCAAGACGUCUCCAGGACAGUUUUUAUCCAAGAACGCUCACUCAGACCUCGGUGGUUGCUGUAGUGACUUUGCAAAUUAUUGCCCUCAAGUCAGUUCAAGCCCUCCUUCGUCUUGGAAUAUAGAAAAAUAGAGUCAUAAUACCAACAUUGCUGUAGAAUUUAGAUGGAAAAUAAGGCCAAAGGCCAAAGCGUCCUGCUCACCCACAAAAUGGACUUUCUGGUAGAUGAAAAAUGCAACAGCCUACUGGUCAACGAUUUCUUUGCUUUUACCAUGGAAGAUAUCUGAAUUAAAAUGGGCAUUGUUACCAGAUUUGUAUUAUUUCAUCAAAACACCUGAUGUCCAGUUGGUGUUAAAUCAGUUUAAAAAUAACUGACGGAUAAACUAAACGUGCCUCAUACACUAAGAAAGUGUUAACCUGCUACACAUUUCCAAAAUUGUGCAAAAAAACUGCACAUUUUAAAAUCACACCCAGUGUAACCAGGGUUUUAAAAAUUGUAAUAUUGGCCUUAUGGUUUGUAUCUGCUAGUUGAAACUAUAUUCUUCUUUUUAGAACAAUGUUCAUGUUACAUUUUCUCAUUAUUUUCCAAAUAUGCACUCAUUAGUAUCGAAAAAUGAAGUGAUGUUUGCGCGCAUGUCACCAUUUUAGGCCUACUGCCAGGGACUGAAAUUAAAAUGCAAAAUGCAAAAGAGAGAAACUUUAAAAAUGAAAUAAAAUAAAAAUGAAAUUAUGACCUAACUGCCUGAAGUCAUUCAUUUUAGCCAGCAUGUGAACUAACACC